AUGUUUUCAACGACAACUACGUCGACCUCGACGAGGAAGACAGCAGGGGACAUUAUCGCGUCGGCAUCGCGGCCGGGCAAGUCGGUGCACGCGGGCUCCCAGGAGGAGCACCGUAACGACUACCGCAAGAGACUGUGGUGCGAAACGCAGUGGACGAACCUAAGCAUGCAGGCCAAGAAGACGCACGAGCUGCCCACUCUGCCGUACUUUGAUCCGGAGACCAUGUUGUUGAGCAAAGAGGUUAAUGCCCGCUUGUGGGGACAAUUGAGCCGAUUAUGGGACUACCUGGGCCCCGAGCGGGCUCCGUACGCCACGCCCGUCAUGGUCGAGGGCGGAGAGGUCAAAUGGCAUUCGUUCCUGAAUGGAAAUCAAGGCGAUGAGGCAGAUAUCUUCGACAAGGAGCUCGACGCCUUUAUGAGCCGCAGCCGAAAGCCCGGGGAGUAUGAUGGAUGA